AUGCCAACUGAAUUACGUGAACCUUCGCCACAACUUCCACCUGAUUUUAAUAUAGCUACAACUACAGCACUGGCAAUAACAAAUACAAAUGUUCCAUCAGAUGCAUUACCACAGCGUGAAAGAUUUGUUCAAAAUAAUACUACUCAACCUUUCACAGUUACUAGAAAUAAUCAAAAUAAACAGCAGCAACAAAAUCAACGAGAACGUAAAACUACGUCUUCAUUUAGAUGUCGACAACGUCGUAAUAAUCGAUUUGCUAUGUUAGCUGAUGAAAAUGAUGAUAAUCUAUCUGAUGUGGAAGCCGAAGUUAAAGAUGAAUUAAUGCCAUUAAAUAUAAAUAUGAACUCAAAAAGAGUUAAGUCUUUUAAAAAGACUCGACGAUAUCUUGAACCAACUCAUAUAUUGAAAUGGUUAGAAGAUCAUUCGAGAAAUUCUAAAAAUGCUAUAAGUGGUCGUGGAAAUCAAGCAUUUUGGCAAGCUUACCUUAAAAUGGGUACAGAACAAAAACAUUGGGCUAAAGAAGUUAUUCGACGUACAAAACGACGUGAUAAUUUAAUUAAUACUCGAUUUGUACAGAAGAAAAUUAAUCGUUUAACAACUAAUAUUGCUAGAGCAUGCGCUACUAUAUUAGAACUUCAAAUCAAAUUAUCGACUUAUUGGAUGCAAACAACUUCUGAAACUGCAAAUCAGAGAUUAGCUCAAACAACAGCUAAUAUAGUAGCUAAAAAAGUAACAGUUGAAAGAGCACGUCCAACAGUAGCUACAGGACCUGUAGGAACUGAUACAGAAGAUGAAAUAGCUACAGGAAUUACAGAAAGAGCUCCGACUGCUACUACUACGACUACUAAAAAUUAUGCUCGAGAACCAGUUGAACGUAUUGAAAAGCUUAUAUUAGAAUAUAUCCAUUUUUGUACACAACAUGUUAAAAUAUUAGCCCAAUCCCGAAUACAAUUAGCUAAAGUUCAAAUGGAUGAAUUUAAAGCAUUAGAAGAUUUUGAGCAAAUAGCUAGUCCAGCCCAAUGGAAUAUUCAUCUAAUAUUAAAACCUAAAAUUAAGAAUUGGUCUACAAAAAACAAAAAUUAUCAAAUUUUAGCAAAACGUGUUGAAUUAGAUUUGCCUCCAAAAAUUAUUGAAAAAGAUGACUUUUCUUUCAAAAUUGAUGAAUCAAUUAUAAGUCAAGAUGAAGCUCAAGUUACAUAUAAUCAAAUGCGUCAAAUCACAAAAGAUUUUCGCACUCAAGCAAUGACAUUAUAUGUUCAAUCAACUGCACGAGAAAAUGAAGUCUUAUUAAAUGAAAUUAAAUGUAUUGUUGAUAGAUUUCCUCAAGAAAAUGAUGAUGAAUUUGAUGCUGAACCUGGCUAUGCAGCUUUUAAACAAUAUCACGAAACACGAGAAAAAAGAAUAAAAAUAGAAAUUGAACAAUCUCUUCAUUUUUUAUUCGAACAGCAAGUCGAAGGCGAUACCAACAACCAGCAAAUUCAAGAAGAAGAAAUAAUCGCUCCGACUGUAAUACGUUCGCUGGGCGAGGAUUUCUUGCUCCAGCAAUAA